GAAUGCCUGGCGCUCUGGACAUGCGCACUAGCUCCUUUUCUUUGAAAAGACUGAGCUUGCGCGUAGCCAAAACUUCCUCUACGGCUCCGGCUUCUCAGUGAAAGGACUGUUGAUAUCCACUGCCGCUACACGUAAAGCCAUAGAAGCCGACCACCAUGGGGGCAUAUCUGUCGCAACCAAACACGACAAAGACCUCUUCCGAUGGCGGCAACAGCGGCAUGAGCUACGGGUUCUCUGCUAUGCAGGGAUGGCGCGUCUCCAUGGAGGAUGCUCAUAACUGCAUCCCAGAGCUUGACAGUGAAACAGCCAUGUUUGCAGUGUAUGACGGCCAUGGAGGUGAAGAGGUGGCUCUUUACUGCUCAAAGUACCUCCCUGAUAUCAUCAAGGAGCAGAAAAACUACAAAGAUGGCAAACUGCAGAAGGCCCUGGAGGAGGCGUUCCUGUUCAUAGACGGAAGAAUGACCUCCGAAGAGGUGAUCAAGGAGCUGGUGCAGAUCGCCGGGCGGCCCACCGAUGAGCCCCCCGCCGAGAAGCUGGCAGAGGAGGACGACCUGGACAACGAGGAGGCGGCGCUGCUCCACGAGGAGGCCACCAUGACCAUCGACGAGCUGCUGGUGCGCUACGGGCAGAACCUCAACGCUGUGAAGCAUGCCGCCGCUCUCAGCGCCGCAGCCAAGAAGGCGGGUUGUCCUCACUCCGGGGCCCCGGGGGAGAAGGCCGAGCCUGGAGCGGCGGGCGAGGAGCCGGAGGUGAACGGAGAGGCCACGGACCAGGGGAGCAACGGGAGCGCCAAGUCUGAAGAGGCAGGGGGCACAGGGUUCUCCAAGCUGAGGGCCUGCCGCAAAGCCACCAGAGGGGCAGGCGGGGACGAGGGCGGAUCCUCCUCAGUGGCGGCCGAAGGCGGCAAGGCGGGGGGAGGCGGCGGAGGCGAGAAGGCGGGGAAGGCGGAGGGCUGCGCCGGGCCGUCCUGCUCCUCCAGCGCCGCCGUGGCAGACGGCCGCUCUCGCUUCUUUGAGGACAGCGAGGAGUCAGAGGAGGGAGAGGAGGACGAGGAGGACAGCGACGACGAGGAGGGCAGUGAGGAGGAGGACGGUGACAGCAGUGAAAUGGAGGAAGAGGAGGACACAGAUGAAGGAGAGGAGGAUUCAGAGGAUGAGGAGGAAGAGGAAGAAAUGUGUCUACCGGGGAUGGAUGGCAAAGAGGAGCCCGGCUCAGACAGUGGAACCACAGCGGUGGUUGCUCUGAUCCGUGGGAAGCAGCUGAUUGUGGCCAACGCUGGGGACUCGCGCUGUGUGGUGUCUGAGAGCGGCAAGGCGGUCGACAUGUCAUACGACCACAAACCAGAGGAUGAGCUGGAGUUGGCUCGCAUCAAAAACGCCGGGGGCAAGGUGACCAUGGACGGCAGGGUGAACGGGGGACUGAACCUGUCGAGAGCCAUCGGUGACCACUUCUACAAGAGGAACAAGAACCUGCCGCCAGAGGAGCAGAUGAUCUCCUGCAUGCCCGACGUCAAAGUCCUGACGCUCCACGACGACCACGACUUCAUGGUCAUCGCUUGCGACGGCAUCUGGAAUGUGCUGAGCAGCCAGGAGGUGGUGGACUUCGUCAGCGCACGGAUCAAACCGGACCAGGCCGGCAAAGUCCGGCCCCUCUCUAACAUAGUGGAAGAGCUUUUGGGGCAAUGUUUGGCCCCGGACACCACCGGAGACGGCACCGGGUGUGACAACAUGACCUGCAUGAUCAUCUCGUUCCGGCCCCACCCCGCCUCCACUCCCAACCAAUCGGAAGACACGAGGAAGAGGAAGCUGCAGGAGGCUGAGGCCGAGCUGGAGAAGAACGGGAAGGACGGGAAUGACAGCAAAAAGGCAAAGAGUAACUGAACGAACACCCGGCAACUGGGCAGCCGCUGGCCUGCGUUUGCCCCACAAAUGUUAGAGACUAAUUUCCACAACCCGAAAAUCUUUGCCAGGCAAGGGUCUAAUUCCCCCCCCCCCCCCCCCCCCCCACUCAUCCAACCAAAUUCCCACGUUCCACUCCUAUGAUUAAAUGUUAAUGAGGUCA